AUGGGUGGGUCUCAGGAACCCUCCAUCUCAGAGAUGCUGCUGCUGCUGCUGCCCCUGCUGUGGGCAGCUUCCCUGGCUCAGAGUGAAAUAUUCUGGCUGCAAGUGCAGGAGUCAGUGACGGUGCAGGAGGGUCUGUGUGUCCGAGUGCCCUGCAGUGUGUUCUACCCCCAGGAUGGCUGGAAUGAUUCUACCCCAGCUCAUGGCUACUGGUUCCAGGAAGGGGCAAAUCCAUACCAGGAUGCUCCUGUGGCCACAAAUGACCCAGAUCGUGAAGUACAGGAAGAGACGCAGGGACGAUUCCACCUCUUUGGAGACCCCCAGACCUACAACUGCUCCCUGGACAUCACAGAUGCCAAGAGGAGGGACAAUGGAAAAUACUUCUUUCGGGUGGAGACAAAUAGAACAAAAUGGAAUUACAAAUCUAACCCUCUCUCUGUGCGUGUGAUGGCCCUGACCCAUACUCCCCACAUCCGCAUCCUGGGGAUCAUGGAGUCUGGCCACCCCAGCAACCUGACCUGCUCUGUACCUUGGGCCUGUGAGCGGGGCACACCCCCCAUAUUCUCCUGGACAUCAGCUGCCCUCACCUCCCUGGGCCCCAGGACCCACUUCUCCUCAGUUCUCACCCUCACCCCACGGCCCCAGGACCAUGGCACCAACCUCACCUGUCAGGUGAAGUUCCCUGCAGUUGGUGUGACUGCGGAAACAACCAUCCAGCUGAAUGUCACCUGGAGAUCAGGGCCCGUGGCAGAGGUGGUUCUGGUGGCCAUUGUGGAAGUGACUGUGAAGACCCUGCUCCUCCUCCUCAUCUUACUCAUGUGA